CUUGUGCUAGAUUGGAAACAAUCGGGUGGCACGCUGCUGGUUGGGGGCGACUCUCGUAUCAUCUGUGUAUGGGAUGCCCACAUGGAGACUCAAGUCCUGGAUCUAGAAACUAAUUGCGAGAGUCCUGUGACAUCUAUCACAUCUGAUCAGGGCUCGUCAUCCACAUUCAUUAUUGGCUUUGCCGAUGGCCUGGUCAAAAUUUUCGAUUGUCGACUAGAGGAAGAGGACGCUAUUGUUAGAUCGUAUCAUGACCAUCACUCAUGGGUACAGAAUGUCAAAUACCACCCACGCAUCAGCGGUCAGUUCUUGUCUGGAAGCCUCGCUGGCAAAGUCCGUCUGUGGGAUUUGAGAGGCUCUGAUACAGUGAUUCAGGCUUGGGACUUACACCAUACGGGCUUGUCUGCGUUCGAUGUACAUUCACAGACGGGCGUGUUUGCCACGUAA